AUGGCUCCCUCUCCUACGAUCCGGCGCCUCCUCAAAGAGACUGCAGAACUCUCAUCCCCUUCUUCGAAUCCUAACCCCGCCUUCUUCGCAGCCCCGGUCUCCGAUGCCGACCUACACGAAUGGCAUUUCACCCUCCUGGGACCUCCCUCGCCUGCCCCUUACGCCGGGGGGAUGUACCACGGGCGCAUCACGCUGCCGGCCACAUACCCGCUGAAACCUCCGAAUUUCCGAUUCCUGACCCCGUCGGGAAGGUUCGAGGUGAACCGCGAGAUUUGUCUGAGCAUCUCUGGGUUUCACGAAGAGACGUGGAUGCCUGCCUGGGGUGUGCGAACCGCACUGACGGCGCUGCGGACGUUCAUGGCGGAAAAGGGCUCGGCAGGCCAGGUUGGAGGCUUGGAGGCCCCCGUGGACGUGAGGAAGAGACUUGCCAAGGAGAGCCGGAGUUGGAAAUGUGAGGCGUGCAAGAAAACGAACGAGACCAUUAUGCGCGAGUGGUGGGACAUCUGUCGGGAAGCAGGGGUCAAUGUCUCGGCAGAGGAGGAUCUGGGCUUAGAGAGUCUGCCGGAAGGGAUGACGCUCGAGACGCGAGAUCCUAAUGCACAGUCUAAGGCUUCUACCAAAAAUGGAGUGGAAGCUAAUGCACAGGAAGACUCGAAGGUGACGACAACAGUACCACAAGAGCGGCAGCAGCAGCAACCACACCCUUCUACACCAUCCACAUCGGCGCCGGUGCCACCCUCCCAGCAACCUCCGCCUCGCUCGUCAUCAUCUCACUCGUCAAGAUCGAACUCGACCAACCUCACCCGACCGGCGAGCCAAAGAUGUAUCCCGAUGGUCCCCACCCCCUCAGCAGAAGCAGCCCAAGCCUCCGCCGAAGCUGUGCUCACGCCGGGUGACUUUGUUCAACCUCCCAAUGGCUCAACAACAUCCAACACCGGUUCCUCUACGACGACACAUCAACGGCCGUUCUUCACGGGGCUGCACAACGCCCCACUAGCCGCCGCAAAUGCGGCAAUUGCACAGAGCGGACGGCCUUUGACUCUCCAGCGGGAUCGGGAGCCGACUAUCACAAUCGACCGGGCCAUUGCGGGCGUGUUUCUGGCUCUGUGUCUGAUGGUCCUGAAGAAGAUCUUCUACCCGGCUGGGGGCCCCGGGAGCCGGUAUAAUGGCAUGGAUGAGUUUUAUUUGCAGCGGGAGUAG